UCCGUCCCGGCCUGUCGGAACCAGCUGUUCCCGGGUCACGUGCCAGAGAAGGGCGCGCGCGCCGGAAGCGGGCGCUCCUGCUGCAUCCGUGCCGGGGGGGGGGUGCUCGCGCCGCCAUGAGCAGCGGCUGUUACCUGGCGCUGUGCGCGCGGCCCGUGCACUUCGAGAAGGCGAAUCCCGUCAACUGCGUCUUCUUCGAUGAGGCCAACAAGCAGGUUUUUGCUGUUCGAUCCGGUGGAGCCACUGGGGUGGUGGUUAAAGGCUUGGAAGACAAAAAUCCCAUUUCAUUCAGAAUGGAAGACAAAGGGGAAGUGAAAUGCAUCAAGUUUUCCUUGGGGAACAAGAUAUUGGCUGUUCAGAGAACCUCAAAGAGUGUGGACUUUCUGAACUUUAUUCCAGAUAGCCCUCAACUAGAAUAUACACAAGAAUGCAAGACAAAGAAUGCCAACAUUUUAGGAUUUUGCUGGACAAGUUCUACAGAAAUUGUUUUCAUAACAGAUCAAGGAAUUGAAUUCUAUCAGGUAUUACCAGAGAAGCGAAGUUUGAAACUGGUGAAAAAUCAGAAUAUUAAUGUAAACUGGUACAUGUAUUGUCCAGAGAGUGCCGUCAUUUUGUUGUCGACUACAGUACUUGGCAACGUUCUCCAGCCAUUCUAUUUCAAGGGAGGAACAAUGUCAAAAUUAUCCAAGUUUGAAAUUGAAUUACCUGCUGCACCCAAGUCCUCCAAACUCAGCCUUUCCGAACGAGAUAUCGCUAUGGCAACAAUAUACGGUCAGCUUUAUGUUCUCUAUCUGAGGCAUCAUUCAAGGACUUCCAAUAGUACAGGAGCAGAAGUAGUUCUUUAUCAUUUACCAAGGGAAGGCUCCUGUAAGAAGAUGCAUAUAUUAAAGUUGAACAGGACAGGAAAGUUUGCAUUGAAUGUUGUAGAUAACUUGGUUGUAGUUCAUCAUCAGGACACUGAGACAUCUGUAAUAUUUGAUAUCAAGCUAAAAGGAGAAUUUGAUGGGACCGUUACCCUUCAUCAACUUGUUCUUCCAGCUCGAUCAAUACAACCCUAUCAGAUCCCUGUGGCAGGUCCAGCAUCCGUGACUAAUCAAUCUCCUGUUCCCUGUAAACUCUAUUCCUCUUCUUGGAUUGUCUUUCAGCCCGAUAUUAUAAUCAGCGCCAGUGAAGGUUAUCUAUGGAAUCUCGAGGUGAGGCUUGAGCCUGUGGUUAACCUCUUGCCUGAUAAAGGAAAGCUAAUGGAUUUUCUUCUCCAGAGAAAGGAAUGCAAAAUGAUUAUUCUAUCUGUGUGUUCUCAGAUGUUAAGUGAACCAGAGAGGGGAACAUUGGCUGUGGUUGCUACUGUUUUUGAUAAGCUCAAUCAUGAAUAUAAAAAGUACUUGGAAGCAGAGCAGAGUUAUACCAUGGUGGUAGAAACAGGUCAGAGCCGAGGUAAUCCCCUUCUGAAACGACCAGUUCGUACCCAAGCAGUUAUUGAUCAGUCUGACAUGUACACACAUGUUCUGUCAGUAUUUACUGAAAAGAAGGAAGCACCUCACAAGUUCACUAUAGCAGUCUUGAUGGAGUACAUUCGCUCUCUUAACCAAUUCCAGAUUGCAGUCCAGCAUUAUCUAUAUGAACUAGUCAUUAAAACACUUGUUCAGCACAACCUGUUCUACAUGCUUCAUCAGUUUCUGCAGUAUCAUGUACUAAGUGAUUCAAAGCCACUGGCCUGUCUCCUGUUGUCUCUUGAGAGCAUUUAUCCACCUGCACAUCAAUUGUCUCUGGAUAUGUUAAAGAGACUUUCUACAGCAAAUGAUGAAAUAGUAGAGGUUCUGUUGUCCAAGCAUCAGGUGCUGGCUGCCUUGCGAUUCAUCAGGGGUAUUGGAGGACAUGACAGCAUUUCUGCCCGCAAGUUUCUUGAUGCAGCAAAGCAGGCAGAUGACGACAUGCUUUUUUAUACCAUAUUCAGGUUCUUUGAACAAAGAAAUCAGAGGUUACGAGGGAACCCUAAUUUCACCCCAGGAGAACAUUGUGAAGAACAUGUCACCACCUUUAAGCAGAUUUUUGGAGAACAUGCUCUCCUAAAGCCUACAACUUUCUGAGUGUACUGUAUUCAUACAAAAUGUAUAACUUAUUGCAUUUAACAAGAUUUUGAACAACAAAUUUUAUAAUAAAGUAUAUAUACAGACCAUUGUGGCAAAUUACUAAAAAUAUUACACAACCUCUUAAGUGAUGGCUUGUUUUUCCCCUAAAAAUAGAGCCAAAAAUUGCAUUGAGUUGCAUUUAAAAGUAGUGUCAGUGGUUGGCAGUCCAUUCUCGUACACACAUUACCUUGAGUUUGCUGGAAAAAAAAAAGCUUUCAACUUAUUUCCCAGUCUCUCUU